GGGAAAGAAUGGUUGUUUUUUCUGCUGUGUGUGAGGAGGAGGCUGUGCCUAACUUGUCGGGUGCAUAAGAGGCUCCCUGUGCGCGACCCUCUCAGCAUUCAGGACCAGCGUGCCAGGCGAUCCAACUAUUCAUUGGACAAGGUUUGUUUAAUUCGUGGGUGCCAGCGGGAGUCUCAUCAUGACCGUGUCCCACGAGAGGAGUGUACGUCUGGGGCUCUGGGUGCUCCUCUUGCUGGGAGCAGGCACGGUUGUGGACGCAUGCAGCUGCCACCCAGCUCACCCACAGCAACUCUUCUGCAGUGCCGAGACGGUCAUCAGGGCGAAGAUUGCCGGGGAGAAGAUUGUGUCGCCUAGCAACAGCUCCUCCCCCUACAUGAAGAUGAUCCAGUAUGAAAUAAAGAUGAUCAAGAUGUUCAAAGGGUUCGACAAGGCAAGGGAUAUUCAGUAUGUGUACACCCCAGUCUUCUCUUCCCUGUGUGGAGUUAAGUUAGACUCCAACAACAAAGCAGGAUAUCUGCUCUCAGGAAGUAUGUGGAGCGACGGGAGGCUUUCGAUCGGCCAGUGUGACCUGGUGGAGUCCUGGGACAAUUUAUCACUCUCACAAAGGAAGAAUCUCAACUACAGAUACCAGAUGGGCUGCGAAUGCAGAAUCAAUGUGUGCUACACAGUGCCGUGCGCAUCCACGGGAGAAAACGAAUGCUUGUGGACGGACUGGCUGCUGGAUAACAGCCUUAACGGUGAGCAGGCGCGGCAAUACGCGUGCAUUCGUCGCUCCGACACGACCUGUGGCUGGUACAGGGGAGGCCACGCCCCCGAGAAAGACUUCCUUGACAUGACUGACCCUUGACCGGCUCAAGAUGCUAUCGCCAUCUGACUCCUAUAAUGUGUUCAGGCACAGGAAUGUCCCGCUUUGGCUUGUGUAUCUCGAAUGUGGCUGCUUAUAUGUAACAUAGCAACACAAUACAGUAUAUGUCAACUGGGCUAAUUUCAUAUUUGAAAGAGCGUUUGCUAUCAUAUGAAUGCUGGGGUAAUGUUAACUAAUGUUGUAUUGAAUAUCUUAAAAAAUAAAAAAGUGAAAAGACACUAGGAAAACCAGGCAUUAACUCUUCUCUGGCCAGGAUGUACUAGAAUUGUUUUGGUUUUGUAACAUCACUAAUAUGUUAACAACAACAAAAAAAGUGCAUGCAUUUGUGAUCUCAAGGUUAGAUCAUUUUAACUUUCUUUUCUCUGCUAGCUGCAAAAAAUAGUCUUUAAAGACCAGCUGUUAAGAAUGCUGCUAUUUGAAUGCUGAUAAGAAAAAGAAGAUAUCUCAUUCCGCUUGUCCUAGCUUAACUACAUCAAUACAGAAUAGAAUCUAACACGCUUCUUCUACCCAAGUGGCUGGUCAGAGAUGGUGAUAUGUUAUGAACCUAUUAAUCCGCUAUGCAGCUCGAGUCUUUGAAAGUAAUUUUCUGCAAAUUAAAAAAUGUCUGCUGAUAUAUUAACUGCUGUGCUACCAGUGAACACUGCAAAAUCACAAUUGCCUUUGACAUCGGCUUGUUUAUACGAUGGAUUGUAUUGAGUCUGGUCAGUCAGGGGCUCAAAUCUAAAGGCCUUUUUCACAAUGAUUAUUUGGUAAAUCCAUUUUUUUUUUUUUUUUUUUUUAAAUCAUCGGUUUGACCAUUAAAUAUCUUGUCUUUGUAGUGUCUUCAAUUAAAUAUCGCUUGAAUAUGAUUUGCAAGUCAUUGUAUCCUGUUUUUGUUUAUGUUUAACACAAUAUCCCAACAUCAUUUGAAUUGGGGUAGUACUACAUACAAUAGAAGUACCCUAUGCAUGGGACCAUACAUUGUAUAUAAACUAUAGACCCAAACACAGGAAUUAAACAUUACGAUAAUUACAUCCGUGAAGUGAUGUCAAUCGUUUAUGCUUUGUUUGUGCUGUCAAAAGUUUUGUUGGUGCUACAAUCGUUUUUGAGAUAUUGAGAUAUCAAUUUCAAUGGUGGAACGGACCUACAAUGGUGCCAUUCGUUUAUGCUACGUUUGUGCUUUAAGUAUUUUUGUUUGUGCUGCUAUAGUUUUGUAGAUAUAGAGUUGUUAAUUUCGACGUCAAUCGCAGCCACUCCGUUGCGGCUGAUGGAGCGUACCCCUCUGUUAUUGAGAGGGCUGGUACGCUGGGUCAGCUUCGGGAGUUGAAUACGGAAAAGCUGCGAGUGACGUCAUCGCUCAAAAUUAAUAUUUCAAUAUAAAAAAACGGUUGCAGCACAAACAAAAAUGUUGACUGCACAAACCAGCACAAAUGAAUCAUAACCAAUUGACAACAUUGUUAGCCAUUUUUAAUCAAAAUUGUGGGCUGGUUAAACCAUAGACUUCAUAAUGUGCCUCUGCGAAGCCCUUUGAGACAACCUUGUUGUGAUAUAGGGCUAUACAAAUAAAACUGAAUUGAAUUGAAUUGAAUGUAUUGACGGGACAUGGGGCGCGGGGUCGAUUCAUAGGGGGCAUAUCUCCGUCAAGGCUGACCGAGUUGAAACACAGAUGAAGAGCUUUUUCUGUAGAAAAUUCUUGUGUUAAUGCUUAAAUACAUGAAUUCUUUAUAGAUAUGGACGUAAAACAGUCUCAAUUGUUGGUUAAAGGCGAAAAAAUAAACGAGCAGGUAGCAUUUAUUUUACGUAAAUAUUGCGAACUAUGAGGCUAGUCAAUAAGGAAAUUAGCGCCAGCCAUAUGUAAAGAAAGAGCUUUUUCCGUUGAAAAUUCUUGUGAGUAAAUGCUUAAAUCCCUGAAUUUUUUUUUAUAGAUAUGGAGGUAAAACAGUCUCGAUUCUUGGUUAAAAGCAAAAAAAAAAAAAAAAAAAAAAAAAAUGUGCCGGUAGCAUGUAUUUUACGUAAAUAGUGCAAAGUAUAAUGCCAAUGCUGUAGCGGCUAAUUAGAUUUUUUUUUCACAACGUUUCAAAAUGCAUGCAUGGUAUGAAAAAUAUAAUAAUUACCUUGAAUCCUCGAAAAAAUCACUACUGAGACAAUCCUUCCUGUUUGUAUGCAGUGCAGCUUUCAUACUUUUUCAACCUAAAUCCGGCAUUAGAUCGCUGCAAGUGACCGACUGCUAAUAAAUGAAGUGGAGUAUGGAACAGCCCCCUUCGGAAAGGCGUAAUGCAGUGAAUGGCGAAUGUGUCACGUCAAUACAUUAUGAAGUCUAUGUUUAAACUCAGAUUGGCCUAUAAAAGAACUGUAACUAUCUAGUAGUAAAACCAAAACUUUUUACAGCACAAACAAGCACAAACGUAGCACAAACGAUUGACAUCAUUUUUAUAUAAAUUUGUGUCUGUUGGGGGGCCAACUUCACAGCAGUACGAUAAUUCCUGUGAUUGUAACUAUUGUAAACUGUUGCAAAUUAGAAGAUAACGACAUUCAUUUUCCAGUCUUAGACAGACCAUUUUAUUUUUCUUGACUGUAUUUCAAAAUAUUUGCUAUUUAAAUUUUCACAACACCCCCCAGCCAUUGACUGUACAGUAUAUUCCAGAGAAGAAGCUAGCAUAACCUUAUAUUAUAUAAUGCAAUAUUAUAAAAUGUGUUAUUACUUAGCAACUGCUGUUAGGCUUGAGCCACUGAUAAAUAAUUACAGUUAGUACAUUUUCCAGCUAAACAUUAUUGUUGCAUGAUAAUGCAUGUUUUAGUAUGUUGUAAUAAUUAUAAUCAUAAUAAUUAUGACAAAUGCAUGUGUUUUAGUGAAGCAUUAUGCAACAAUUUGUUUUAUACUGAAAAAAAUUGUUGGGGAUUUGUAUUUAUGUCUGUUCGUGUUCAAAAAGUGCAGUUUUUUUGUAUUUCCAUGUACCAAAAAAGAUUGUAUAUAAAAUGUUUGUAUGGAAUGUUGUGUAACCCAUUUUUUUCCAAAAUGCUAGAAAAUAUGUCUCUAAAGCUGUUGUAAAAUGUUUUUCUAGUAACAGAUACAGCAAGUGCUCCCACCCCCAUCCUUCAGAAAUGUCGACAUUUUUUGUGUAAUAAUAAAGAUUGAGAAAAAAAAACACUUUAAAAAUGCUCAC